CUGCUUAGUGGAGGAGUCAGAAACAGCGAGAGGAAAAGGAACAACAGCAAACAGCAAUGGCAUCUUUGGGGCUGCAGAUUCUGGGAGUGGGACUGGCAGUACUGGGAUGGGUUGGGAACAUAAUAAUCUGCAUCCUGCCUAUGUGGAAAGUGUCUGCGUUCAUUGGGAACAACAUUGUGGUUGCGCAGACCAUCUGGGAAGGACUGUGGAUGACUUGCGUGGUGCAGAGCACAGGACAGAUGCAGUGCAAGGUGUACGACUCUCUGCUGGCCUUGCCUCCGGACCUCCAGGCAGCCCGGGCCAUGGUCGUCAUCGCCAUCCUGUUCUCUCUGUUUGGCCUCCUGCUCUCUGUGGUCGGAGGGAAAUGCACCACCUGCAUCGGGGAUAGAGCAGCGAAAGCCAGAGUGGCCAUCUCUGCAGGGGUUUUCUUCAUCCUGAGUGGGGCGCUGUGCCUGGUGACGGUGUGUCUACCUGCUAAUACUAUCAUCAAGGACUUCUACAACCCGCUGGUUCCAGAUGCACAGAGGAGAGAGCUGGGCUCGUGCCUGUAUUUGGGCUGGGGUGCAUCAGGACUGCUGCUGAUCGGUGGUGCACUUCUCUGCUGUCAGUGCCCAUCAAAAGGAGACCGAUACAAUGGAGCAAAGUAUUCCCCACCCAAAUCCACAACACCAGGGAAGGAGUUUGUAUGAGGUUGUGUUUUAGCAGGUUAAACUGUAUCUUGGGAGGAUGUUUGGUUGUAGGUACAAACCUGUUGCUUUUCAAACUGUGUGAGCUGCGACUUGCAGCAUGACUAAUUUCUUUGGACUAACACAUUGUAGAUUUUUGCUUUUGAAAGGGACAAAAGAGCCUAAAAGAUGUGGCAUGUGC